AUGUCCAUCCUCUUCCUCGACGGCGGCCUCGGCACCUCCCUCGAGCAAAAGUACGAGCAAAAGUUCACGCCCUCGACCCCCCUCUGGUCCUCGCACCUCCUCGUCUCCAACCCUCCCCUCCUCCUGCAGUGCCAAGCCGACUUUGGCCUCGUCCCCGUCGACAUCCUCCUCACCGCGACCUACCAGGUAUCCGUCGAGGGCUUCCGCAAGACCAGGACGCCCUCCUUCCCCGACGGCAUCCCCGCCCAGCACAUCCCCGCGUUCCUGGAAACCGCCGUCUCGGUCGCCGAGCGGGCGAGCAGCCGGGCCUCGGUGGCGCUUAGCCUCGGCCCCUACGGGGCGUGCAUGGUCCCCAGCCAGGAGUACAGCGGCCGGUACGACCCGCGCCACAGCUCGCCCGACGCCCUGUACGAGUGGCACCGCGAGCGGCUGCUCCUCUUCGCCCGGGUGGACGGCCUGGCCCGCCGGGUAGGCUACGUCGCCAUGGAGACGGUGCCCCGGGUGGACGAGGUGGCGGCCAUGCGGAGGGCGCUCGGCGCGGUGCCCCAGCUGGCCGGCCUGCCGUUCUGGGUAUCCUGCCUGUACCCGGGGGACGGGGAGGUCCUCCCGACGGGGGAGUCGGUCGAGCAGGUGCUGCGGGCGAGCUUGGACGCCGGCGUGGCGGGGCCCGUGCCGUGGGGGGUGGGCAUCAACUGCACAAAGGUGUGGAAGCUGCCGUCUCUGCUGGCGAGGUACGAGGCCGCCGUGGCGGACAUGGUCCGGCAGGGUGUGCUGGCGGCGUGGCCGGCCCUGGUUCUGUACCCCGACGGGACCAACGGUCAAGUGUACAACACCGCCACGCAGGCGUGGGAGGGCUCUGACGCGGCGGACGUCGAGCGGGGCGCCUGGGAGGAGCAGCUCGCCGAGGUGGUGAGGGGGACGAGGGCCCGCGGCGAGUGGAAGCAGGUUGUCGUGGGGGGUUGCUGCAUGGCCAGCUCCGAGGAUAUCUCGAGGCUGCGGCAGAUAUUGCUGGCGGACACGGCCAACGCCGGCUUCUUGCCGAGAGGGUGA